AAGUUCAGUUGUUUUUCAUAUGCAGCUUAUUCCAGAUAGAAAAGUGAAUGGAAAUAUUCAAACCCUCAGAGAAAAACAGUUUCCGUGAACUAGAGUUGAGAUUCAACAGCAAUAGAAAUGGAAUUGUUACUCACACUCGCCCUCUUCUGGAUCAUGACUGAUACUGCCUAUGCCCUUUUCCCUCCAGAAUAUAGAAAUGUUGCCCUAAAAGGCCGCGCAACCCAGUCUUCUGUCUUCUACAACUUUGAUAUCGGGUAUCUCUCCCUUGCUAUAAACGCUAUUGAUGGAAACCUAAAUUCUAACUUCGGCUUUGGGUCCUGCUCCAGCACAAACAAUGACGAGUCAGCUUGGUGGAGGGUGGACUUGCAUGAGCCACAUGUAAUAUCCCACGUCACCAUCACUAACAGAGGAGACUGCUGUGGGGAAUUGGUCAACGGAGGUUUACUACUCAUUGGAAACUCCCUGCAAAAUGACGGAAAUAACAAUCCAAUGUGUGCACAGAUUAGCGGCAUGUCAAAUGGCUCCACCCAAACCUUCCAGUGUACGGGAAUACUUGGCCAAUACGUGAACAUCAUCUUACCACACAAAAGCAAAUAUCUGCAGCUCUGUGAAGUUCAGGUCUUUGGUAUCCCUUUAUCCCAGCUACCUGUCUCCAGCUUUCAUCAUUUGUUAUCACCCUCCUUAUCAUCAUCAUCAACAAAUACAACAAUAAACUAAUACCUCUAAUGGUAUUUUAUUUUCCAUG